GGCAGCCCCCAGAAAAGAAACGUGGGUGUUGUAAUAAUGUAAACAGUGUGAAUUCUGCGGAUGGUUGGAAGCCAGAAACGUGUGAUUUAACAGUUGUUUGGACUGGCUCAGCAGCUCUUUAGCUCUCUCGUUGAUAAUUCUCCUCUGCCAGUAGAAGACAUGAACUUCAAACUCCAGCAGUGAAUUAAUGGGGCGUGUCAAACAUCUAUUGAGGAGGAGCGACAACUACUGGAGAGGCCAGAAAAUUUCUGUCACAAUAGACUCUUUCAAUGAAAGAUAUCAGUUGCUAGUGUUUACCCCUGACAUGAAAUCUAUAAUCUUGGCUGUUUGAAACACAGCAUGUUUGGUCUUGUUGACAGAACCAGUCCCUGGUUUAUUACAUGUGGAAAUUAGGCAGGGCUUAUCUCACGGACGUUUUAAGGGGGCAAUUACUCUGUGGCCUGACACCAGUGCCACUCCAGUUCUGUACCAGGCACAUUACCUGUACACUCAGACACCUGUCCACUUAUAAGCAUGGUGCUUCUCCCUGGGGUAAAGCUGUUUACCUGAAGAACGACUACUUGAGGAAAGUCUCAUCAUUGAUCAACUUUCUCAGGUGUGCUCACCUUCAUAUAACACCUACUAUGGCUAAGAGUAAAUUUGAAUAUGUGAAGUCGUUUGAGGCUGAUGACAGCUGUCUUCCAAACACCUGGAUUGUUGUUCGUGUGGAUGGUAAAAAUUUCCACAGAUUUUCCGACUCUCACAAUUUCAUCAAACCAAAUGAUGAUAGGUCCUUGGGUUUAAUGACGAAGGCAGCACAGUCUGUGAUGGAGGAGUUCAAGGGGGACAUAACUCUGGCAUACGGACAAAGCGAUGAAUACAGCUUUGUAUUCAGGAAACACACAACCACCUACAGCAGGAGAUCUAGCAAACUGAUGACAAACAUUGCCAGUUUGUUUGCAUCGUCAUUCGUGUUUUACUGGCCGCGGUACUUCCACAGUCUGCAGUUACAAUACCCUCCCUCAUUUGACGGGCGGGUGAUUGUCUACCCAUCUGAGCAGAAUCUUCGGGAUUACCUCAGCUGGAGACAGGCUGACUGCCACAUCAAUAACCUGUACAACACCUGUUUCUGGAAGUUAAUCCAGGAGCAUGACCUGACUCCAGCACAGUCUCAGGAAAAACUCAAGGGAACAUUAUCAAGUGACAAGAAUGAGCUGCUGUUUAGAGAGUUCAACAUCAACUACAAUAAUCUCCCAGAGAUCCACAGGAAAGGCACUGUGCUGAUCAUGAAAAAGGAAGAUGUUGCCAGUGAACGUCACAGAUCCGGCCCUGGUUCAUCACCCAAGGACCGUCGCAAACAAUCGUCACGUCUCCAUAUUCUGCAGCUACACUGUGAUAUCAUAGGCUCUCAGUUUUGGCAGGAACAUCCGGAGAUUCUCUCAGAUACAAAGAGGUGACAGUGCUGCGAUAUGGCCUAGGACAUUAUUCUGACAGGCAGCAGUGUGCCCGCUUCGGGAAAUAGCACUUCUGGUCCCACUAUGGCUGGCCUCUAUUGCCAGAUCUUCACAGUGCUACACUUGAGGUGUAGUGGAUAACAUGAUUUCCCAUGCAUUCUUAGUGGUAGGAAAAUGCAUGUCCAUAUACCUAUUCACAGCCCACAAAACUUUUAUUGACCAAUCAGAUGUUAGGGAAUACCACAGAAACUUAAGUUUUUACAUUUCAAAAGAACUACAUUCUCAGAUAUGGGGAGAGAGGUUGGCUGUGUAAAAUGUUGUCAGUGGUGGUAGGGGUGAGAAUUUGUAGAAUAAAAAAGUUGUAUGCAGCAUGUAAGUAGUCUAUGUACCUGGAAUUUUUAGGAACAGUGAUGUGUAUUUUACACAACUGGAAAUUAAACAUUGAAUGUGAUUCUGUUUUCAGUCAUUUAGAUGUGUUAAACACUUAAUACAUGUGCAUUUGUUUUGUUUUUUUUCUUACAUUCCAACCACAUUAUAUAUUGGCAUGAUUAGGAAUUUUAUAUUUAGGGCAUAAAAGAGCUAGGUAUAGAUCAGAUUUACCCUAAAUGACCUAAAAAUUUGACCACAAAAAAGCUUUUUACUUCCACGCUAAAACAUACAUUUUCCCAGUAGGACAUCAUCCUACCUUCCAAACACCUCUCUAAAGUCAAGAGAACUCUUAGAAUGUGGAAAAAUCAGCAACAUAGUCAUGGAUGAAAUUUUAAGUCAUUUAGGGUAUUUGUCAUUCAGAAAGUGGAUUAAAUAACAGUGUUAUCAUUAUUAGGGAUAUAUUACAGCAUAUAAGUAUUUAGAA